AUGCUGAGGGCUCUGGCUUCUCGCGGCCGCCAGCUGAAGCAGCUGCGGUCCCUGGCGGUCCGUGGCUACGCCACCGAGGCUGGGAAGACCGGCAAGAGUAGCCUGCCCCUGAUCCUGGGCCUGGCUGGCCUGGGAGGCGGUGGUUACUACGCCAAGCAGAGCGGUUUGCUGGAUGGCCUGCUGGGUUCGUCCGCCAUCCCGGCGACCCCCUCCAAGGACUUCAAGCCCGACUACCAGGCGGUGCGCGCCGCCAUCGAGGACGUGCUGGAGUCCAACGAUGAGUACGACGACGGCAGCUACGGCCCCGUGCUGGUGCGCCUGGCCUGGCACACCAGCGGCACCUACGACAAGAACGACAACACGGGCGGCUCCAACGGCGCCACCAUGCGCUUCGGCCCUGAGUCCGGCUGGGGGGCCAACGCGGGGCUGGGCGACGCGCGCGACAUCCUGGAGCCCAUCAAGAAGAAGUUCCCCUGGAUCUCCUACUCCGACCUCUGGACCCUGGCCGGCGUGGUGGCCAUCGAGGCCAUGGGCGGGCCCCAGAUCAAGUGGCGCCCGGGGCGCUCCGACAAGGAGGAGAAUGGGUGCGUGCCGCUGCCGGACGGGCGCCUGCCCGACGCGUCGCGCGACAACAAGCACGUGCGCGACGUCUUCUACCGCAUGGGCUUCAACGACCAGGAGAUCGUGGCGCUGAUGGGCGCGCACGCCAUCGGGCGCUGCCACGCCGACCGCUCCGGGUUCGUGGGGCCUUGGACCUUCUCCCCCACCACCUUCUCUAACGGCUACUUCACCGAGCUGAAGGGCAAGUGGCACAAGAAGAAGUGGAACGGACCCAUCCAGUACGAGGACAAGACGGGGGAGCUCAUGAUGCUGCCCACCGACAUGUGGAUGGUCUGGGACAAGAAGUUCAGGCAGUACGUGGACCUGUACGCCAAGGACCAGGACAAGUUCUUCGAGGACUUUGCCGCGGCCUUCAGCAAGCUGCUGGAGCUGGGCGUGCCCUUCGAGAAGCGCGACUUCAACACCUCCCCCUCCAGCCCCAAGCCCAUGGCCUGA